UUACAACUACUACAAGAGUUCAAGACUAGUGGAUUUUUCCGAAAUUUCCACCCAACAUAUAAGAGGAAUGAUCUUCCAAAAUUCCCACAAUUUUCAAGUUACAAAAGUCCCGCCUUCAGUCUCGAGAGAGAACUUCCGACACUGAAGCUGCCCAUCUGUAAUCAUGGCUACCGGCGUCGUCCUCCUUCUCUUCAUCGCAAUUACUUCAUCUUCCUUUGUCUCCGCCGACGAACUUGCUUUAGUUGUUGGUCAAUCUACUGCAUUGCAGAUAAUCCCAAGUUUGCUUGUGAAAAAUUCACCUGGCUCUAAACUCCAUGUCAACGUUGCUGAAAGGGUGCAUGUAUAUGGCUUGUCAAGGAUGAAGAAUCUCAAACAAUUUUCCCAUUCUGUGACAGUGAAAGUUUUGCACCUAAAUUUUAGUCUUCGCCGACCAAAUUUUGAGAUCUGUUUCCACAGAAAUUUGUCUCUUGGGGUAGGAAUGUGUUCCCCGAGUCAGUGGCAAAAGGUUUCAAAGGGUUCAUGGGCUCAACGGAUGUCACCCUUUGACAACAAACUCAUAGAUAUAAGGAUGGCUAAUUCAUCUUUGGGAACAUUGGAGUUGACCCUACAAGAAGAUUUCUCUGCAUAUCGCGUUGUGUUUCUAGUCCUGGGUACGUUAUUGCUUACACUGGCUCCCACAUUCAGUGACUCUUUGAUAUUUUACUAUAGCAGUGCUAUGGCUGUUGGGAUCAUCCUUGUGGUACUACUUGUUCUUUUCCAGGGAAUGAAGCUUCUUCCUACUGGUUGUGGAAAUUCUAUUGCUAUUUUUAUAUACUCGUCUUUCAUUGGCGUUGGAUCUUUUCUCCUAAGCUAUGUGCCACGUUUGCUGCGUUCAAUGCUUGUGGAGAUGGGUAUCAGCGAGGACAUGUACAAUCCUCUGGCAAUAUUCUUGUUGGUUUUUAUUUCACUUGCUGGAGCAUGGUUGGGCUUUUGGGUAAUCCGCAAGUUGGUUCUUACUGAAGAAGGCUUGAUCGAUACUAAUGUAUCUCAGUUUGUGGCCUGGUCAAUCCGGAUACUGGGUGCUGUUAUGAUCUUGCAGUGCUCUUUGGAUCCUCUGCUGGCAGCAGAAGCAUUGGUAUCUGCUAUUUUCAUAUCAUCAAUUUUGCGCAAAUUUGCCAGACCUAGAUUGCUACGUAGACUUUACAGGAAAUUUCAGAAAUCUGUUGCAAGAAGUCAUCAGAAAUCAAGGGAUCAUGAUUCAUCCCCGAUUGUUGAUAAACAUGCAGAGCAUGUUGGCAAUUUCCAAAAUUCUCAAGAUAUGUUCCUCAGCCCUCCAUCCAAAUGCACCAUGCAGGCUGCCUCAUAUCCUAAUGUCAAAGGGCCGUCAAAGAAAACUCCUCCCCCUCCUACAGAAUCUGACACCUUCUAUUCUACUUAUCAUAACACCCCGCAGAGGAGGAAAUUUUCUGCUGAUGAGCUGAAAUCAGUGACCAAAGAAUGCACAAAAAAAGGAUUGGAAGAGUUGGUUUCUUCUCCUGAAUUUAGCAGAUGGGCUGUGGCUCAUGCUGAAAGAAUCACAUUAGCUCCAACUGAGAAGGAACGCAGUUCAAAUAGUAGGUGGUAUAGAUGGUUUUAUUGAUUUGGGUAGAUUGGAGGAUUCAGAUUAACUUGAAGAUUCAGGAUUUUUUCCGUCGAAUUCAGGACCAGCUUACUGAGAUGUGGUUUUUGUUAGUACGGUCAGUGGUAGGCUUUGGAAGUUAUGGAUUCUGAAAUAUCUUCUUGAACUCCACGAUGUAGUACUGCACAUAAUCAUGUAUGCACUAGUAUGCUCUUAGCUCCUAGGCUGAUUUGCUAAUUGACCUCAUUGGAUGUUUGGAGUGUGUAAUGUAUAGCAGAAAGGUUUAGGCAUUAUCUGUAAUUCUAUGUCUAUGACAGUGUAACUACUUCUUUUUCCACGCGCAGGUGGUAAGAUUGCCAUAUUUCUACCUCAGUAAUUUCCUCACAACUCUUGAUUUUCUGAGGUUAGUAAAAUGCGUCCUUUAAGAGUACCACAUGUUAAGUUCAUUUAAUCCCUUUAUUCUUUCA